AUGACGGAAAGUAACCCGGAAAGCGGCGGACCUUCUGGCUAUCGUGCCGAUCCGCUUGAUUGUAAGAAGUUCUAUCAGUGCGCUCAAGGGAAAUGGGUCUCCAAGAAAUGUCCUGCUGCUCUGUUCUGGAAUCCCGAGAAAUCCGUCUGCGACUGGCCGCGCAAUGUCAGCCUGUGCAAGCAACAUGAUGGUGCUGCUGCCGCUACAUCAACUGUUUAA